AUGGAGGCUAGAGCAGAAUGCCCGAGGACGAAACGUGCAGAUGGACACCGACUUUACAGCCCCAAAAUUGGAGGGCCUCAGACUAUCCAACCCAGUCCAAUUGAUGUCAGUCAAACCGAAAAUAUCCGCCGCAUCCUUGCCAGGUGCCGCGAGUCCCCAAAUGUCGACUUGCGUACAAGCCCUUAUGAGGCGAACGCACUUCAUUCCAAGCUUUUGGACGCUAGACAUGUCUCGAUGCACUUAUACGCGCCGCGCCGAAAUCAGGGCUUCUCGCCCGUUGAGAAGCUUAACCUAUACGAUAUCCCCACAAGUUCGAGGGAUAUGGAGAUCUCGACUGCUGUGAUGGUGCAGCUCAACCUGUUUGCAGGUCAGCUGUACAUAUCAUCCUAUGAGGAGUACCAAGAAAUAUGCGACCCCCUCCGCAUGGCGCCCGUUACCACUAAAGAUGGUCUGGUCUUCGCCGCAGAUGGAUUUAUAACGGCUGGAAAUAAACAACCUCUGAAGUUUUUCAAGCUACUCAUCUCUCAGAUUAGAAAUGAUGGAGAGGAAAAUCAAUAA